AUGGAGCCGAAGAAGACACCAAAGAAGAGUGCCCCCAAAGAGGCCUCGAGCCCUCAAGGCACAGGCGCCGCCGCCACUGCGAGCUCCAGCCAGACCUCUCCCACAAGUCAGUCUCAAUCCAUGCAGCGUCACGACUUGCAGGGUAUUGGAAGCUGGGCUGGGGAUAAACCAGGGAGCAAAUCUCGAUAG